CCCAGUCCGACUGGAAUGACUCAUCUUCCAUGAGGCAGCCAACGUUAACGGCGGCUCUUGCUGUUCUCAGCAGUCGUCUUCGUCUUCCUCGUUCUCUCUCUCUCUCUCUCUACUCAGUCGGCUUCUCUCGUCUCCUCCUCCUCCUCCUCCUCCUCAGGCUCGCCUCCGUCGUCUAACUAAAACUCCCUGAUAUGAACCCCAACCUCGAAGCAGUCGUCGCCGCGGCUGCGAGCUUCAUCGGCGUCUCCCUCUUCUUCGCCUUCCUUGCCUUCACCUGCGGCCGCCGCAAGCGGAACCGCGACCGCGGGGUCCGGGUCCAGACCCGCUCGAUCGCGAACCCGGGGGAGCUCUCGUCCAUCGCCGUCGACGAGAGCGCCUCCUUCGACCCCAAGCUCCGGAUCUCCAUGGACGAGCUCCGGAAGGCCACCAAGAACUUCCACCCCCAGCGGAUCAUCGGCGACGGCGGCUUCGGCCUCGUCUUCAAGGCCCGCCUCUCCAACGGCCACACCGUUGCCGUCAAGAAGCUCGAGCCCGACGCCUUCCAGGGGUUCCGCGAGUUCCGGGCCGAGAUGGAAACAUUAGGUAAGCUUCAGCACUCCAACAUCGUCAAAAUCCUCGGCUACUGUACGUCGAAUUCGGAUAGGGUUUUGGUCUAUGAGUUCAUCCAGAGAGGGAGCCUCGACCAGUGGCUGUACGACACCGCGUCGGCGUCGGAGAACGGCGACGUCUCGUUGUCGGGGCACUCGGUCGAGAGGUUGCCCCUGUCCUGGGACACUAGGAUAAAGAUAAUCAGGGGUGUGGCCAGUGGAUUAGCGUAUAUGCACGGAUUACCGACGCCGAUCAUUCACAGAGACAUCAAGGCGAGCAAUGUGCUACUGGAUGCCGAUUUCGAGGCGCACAUAGCUGAUUUUGGGCUGGCGAGGACAAUCGAGGCCUCGCAAUCCCAUGUGUCCACGCAAUUCGCUGGGACCAUGGGGUAUAUGCCGCCGGAGUAUAAGGAAGGGUUCACGGCCGCGACGGUGAAGGCCGAUGUGUACAGCUUCGGGAUUCUGAUGUUCGAGAUCGCGACGGGUCAGAGGCCCAAUUUGCCGGUGAUGGAUAAGGGAGAGCAGGUCGGGCUAGUUGUUUGGGCUCGGAACAUGGUGGAUGGGAACCGGCAGAUGGAGAUGGUCGACCCGGCCGUUCCCAGGGACGGUCUGGUCAAAGCGAGUGUGAAGGAGUUCUUCAACAUUGCGUGUAUGUGCACUAGCGAGCACGCCAGGAAAAGGCCAGAAAUGAGCCGAGUUCUCGAGUUAUUGGAGUCUGCAUUCGGAUGAAAGAGGCGGAAUCCAUGGAAAUAACAUGAAAUUACCCAGAAAGAGAUGGAAUCAAGGUCCAUCUUGUUGUUAGGCAAUGGUCUAGUUCUGGUGGCAAUUAGAGGGUACUCUGUUUUUUUGCCUCAAAUGAGAAAAUGUGAAUAGCUCCUGUAGAGUUGAUCGAGGUCUGAAGCAGGUAAUGACCUGCAGAUGCAGCUUCCUGUAAUUGUUAAUGGCUAUUGCAAGACUGUGUCGAUUGAUUGGGCUUGAUACCUAUUGUGAAUCCGGAUUUGCUGGAAUGCAGGUCUCCUGUUUGAGAUAGAUUGAAACAGAGAGUCUGGUUUCUUUGCUAUUUUCACAUGCUAAUGCAAGGAUCUUCUUCUUGGUGUCUGCAUCAUGUCAA